AUGACUCCUCAAUUCACGUUCACGCCGCCCCGACAUGGUAUACCGCAGUGCCUCCCCUCGAGCCCAAGGCAGACCUUCCCACUGGCUCCUCUCCCCAGCUUGCCUCCCUCGCUUCGCGCGCAGUCCGCAUCCGACAUGCAUUUCAUCAAGACUACGCUCACGACCGGUACGCUCUCUGACAGGCUUAAUGCGCUCACGCUCCUCGUCCAAGGGAGCCCAAUACACAACACCGCGGUGCUCGACAGCUUGCGCGCGAUGAUCCGGUGUGGGCGCGCAAAGGGCGGCAGAGACGAGGGGCUCAAGGCCGUGCGCUGCAUAGUGGAUUGGUGGGUUGGCGGUGGAGGGCCGGGAAGAAAACUCAAAUACUUCCGAGACCAGCCCCUCCUACAUCCGGACAUGGACGACGCGCACCUGCUCAUAUGGCACUUCGAGGACUGGCUCAAGAAAUUCUUCUUUUCCAUCCUGCAAAUCCUCGAGACGUUCUCCCUCGACCCCCUCACCUACGUCCGCACGCAAACGCUCGCCUUCCUCGCCACGUUCCUCCGCGCGCAGCCCGAACAGGAGCAGAAUUUGCUGCGCCUCCUCGUGAACAAGCUUGGAGACACAGAAAAGUCCGUAUGCUCGCGCGUGUCCUACCACCUUCUGCAGAUCCUCCAGGCACACCCCGCGAUGAAGGGCGUCAUUGUGCGCGAGGUGCGCGCACUCAUCUUCCGCCUCCCCUCCUCCACUGCCGCGCAGGCCGCGCCCGCCAACCCCGCGGGCACCCACAUCCGGUUCGGCGACGCGGACUCCUCUUUGUCCAAGCCCAAGUCCAAAGGCAAGAAAGACGCAGCGGCGAAAGCGGACCCGCAGUCUCGAUGGAACUCGCACGCGUGGUAUUACGCCUCCGUGACGCUGAAUCAAGUGGUGCUCACACCGUCCACGGUGGACCGCGCUGUCGCGCGCAUGCUCGUCGACUCGUACUUUGAGAUGUUCGAGGAGAUCCUCGGGUCGAAGGGCGACGAGGACGAGGCGGAGCCCGAGGGCGAGGUGGUAGACGCGAAAGAGGACAAGUCUGGCCGAGGAAAAGGCAAGGACAGAGGCCCACCCCGGGAGAAGAAGAAACCAAAGGUCAAGGAGACGAAGGGCGCAGCUGGGUUCGCCGAGGUCGAGGACACCUCGUCGCGCCUCAUCGGCGCUAUUCUGACGAGCGUGAACCGCGCGCUGCCCUUCGCGCAAAUGCACCUGAGCAACGACAGCUCUGCACACAUCGACACGCUCUUCCGUAUCACGCAUACCUCGACUUUCAACAUCUCGCUCCAAGCCCUCACUCUCAUCCUGCAAAUCUCGACCACGCUCUCCUCCUCCACCACGAAGCAGCCGUCCACGUCGUCUCCUUCGGCUUUCACGACAACGCUCCGCGAUCGGUUCUGCCGCACGCUAUAUGCGUCGCUCACGGACCCGCGUUUAAGCACGUCAAAUAAGCAAGCAAUGUAUCUCAAUCUGCUCUUUAAGGCAAUGAAGGCGGACCACGACGCACAACGUGUAGCUGCCUUCGUGCGUCGUUUCGUACAGGUGCUCGCGAGCGGCGUGGGCGCCGGCGGAGCGGUCGAGUUCAUUGCUGGUGGUCUGUAUCUUCUCGGCGAGCUCUUCAGCACGACUCCCAAUCUGAAGCAAUUACUCAACGCGUCCAAGUCUAAAACGGCCCCUGUCGCCGACGCGUCGUCGUACGACCCCCGAAAACGCGACCCCCAAUACGCCCACACGUUCGCGACACCCAUCUACGAGCUGGGACGUCUCACCAUCAUCCCGCUCCUCCACCACUACCACCCCGCGAUCUCCCUGCACGCCCGCCAGCUGCUCUCCUCAACCCCCAUCACCAGCUCGCCCGACCUCUCCCAAAACACACUCUCGCACUUCCUCGACCGCUUCAUCUACAAGAACGCGAAGAAGCCCAAGCCCAAGGGCUCGAGCGCGAUCCGCAAGGAGGAGGAUGUGCCGGUCGACCAGCGGUUCUUCCGCGCGUACUUUACGCGCAAGGCCGAGAAGGAGCGCGAGAAGGCGAAGAAGGUCGGGCGGAGCAAGGGCCAUGCGGACGAGUCGGACGAGGACACGGAUGCGCCCGAGAAUGAUGAGGCCGAGGCUGAAGAGCUGGUCAGCGCGUCGGAGGAUGGGGAGGAGGCGACUGCGUCGGAGGGUUAA